AUGGGACCUAGUACGGAGCCCUGUGGGACUCCUAUUGAGUCUGGAGAGGGCGAAGAAACGGAUGUGCUUAUUCGAACCGCGAAGGAGCGAUUUGACGGAAAACUAUCAGAUGAGCUCAUGGUAGACAUGGAUAAAACUCUUCUGCACGCCGAAAUGCUGGGUAUUACACAGGAACAGGCCUUAGAACUAGAGAAACCGAAGGCUAAAGUAAAUGCUGUCGGUGAUCAGGUUGCCAAACUCAGCGCCCUCAUGUUGAACUCCUCGGUUCACUCGCGGCGGGCCAAGCAAUCAAAGUCUCCGAGCAGCAAAUACUUGAUACUGCAAGAAUGUUACAUUUCGCGAGCUCCUUAA